GACAGUGAUGUUAAUUUUGAAGAGUGAGAAAGGAAAAAAAAAAUCAGAAAUAUAAAAAACCGUCUUUAAGGAGGAAAAGAAGAAGAAGAGAAGAGAAACAGGUGUGAGCUCUUCCUUCUUCUCUCUUGUGCUAUUUUAAACCUUUCCUCCCCUCUCAGUUACUACUAAUUCGUCCAUGGCCAGAGACGGUGGCGUUUCUUGUCUACGGAGGUCGGAGAUGAUGAAAGUCGGAAUGGAAUCCGCGCCGUUGGAUUUAGAUGAAGUUCAUGUCCUGGCCGUCGAUGACAGCCUCGUCGAUCGUAUUGUCAUCGAGAGAUUGCUUCGUAUUACCUCCUGCAAAGUCACGGCGGUAGAUAGUGGAUGGCGUGCGCUGGAGUUUCUAGGGCUAGACAACGAGAAAGCCUCUGCCGAAUUUGAUAGAUUGAAAGUUGAUCUGAUCAUCACCGAUUACUGUAUGCCUGGAAUGACCGGUUACGAACUCCUCAAGAAGAUCAAGGAAUCGUCGAGUUUCCGAGAAGUUCCGGUUGUAAUUAUGUCAUCAGAGAACGUAUUGACCAGAAUCGACAGGUGCCUUGAGGAAGGUGCGGAGGAUUUUUUACUGAAACCGGUGAAACUCGCCGACGUGAAACGCCUGAGAAACUACUUGACCAAAGACGUUAAACUUUCUAACGGAAACAAACGGAAGCUUCCAGAAGAUUCCGAUUCCGUCCACGCUUCGCUUCCUCCUCCGCCGCCGUCGUUGACUCUCUCGCCUGAUUCGUCUGACUCUUCACCGCCGUUAUCUCCGGUGGAGAUGUUUUCCUCCCCACUUUCAUCACCAAUAGACGAUGAAGAUGACGAUGUGUUGACAUCGUCGCCGGAGUCUUCGCCGUCGCCGGCUGAAUCGCCGAUUCGACGGCAGGAGAUGAGGAGUCCCGGAUUAGAUUAGUGAAAUUUGUUUACUUUUCUGGGAUCCGUGUAAUAUCUAUCUCCGUUAACUUUUUUACCUUUGACGGUGUUUUUAAUUGCACGUUGACUUGACGCCGUCAAUUUAUAGAUGCCCUUUAAUCUCGCUCCACGUGGGCAUUUUUCUGUUUCUCAAAAGCUUUUCGAAUUUCCUUUUAAUUAUGGCGCAAAGUUAUAUGGUUUUGA